AUUAAUAAAUAUUGACUAGAUUUGAGUCAAUACUAAAUAAUUAGGAAUGUUGUAUUGUUUUAUCAAUAAAUAGAGAAUCAUCUAUAAUGUCAAAGCAAAGGAAAUUUUUCAAGCUUCUUGCUGAAGAAAUCAAUAAUGAAUUGGAAGUGUUUACUUUAGAGAGCUUGAAGUGUCAUUUGAAUGAAGCAAUUUCUGUUUUACCAGGCAUACAAAUGAAAGAAUCUCUAUUACAACCUAGUGAUGAAAAUAUUUAUUAUUUGUGGAAUCUUCUCAAACCUGAAAGAAAAUGCUCCACUGGGAUUGAUUUUGUUUUCUUUAAUGAAACUGAAGAAGAAAGAUCAGUGAACAAGAUCUUAAGACUUCAAUCAUUUGAAGAAAAAAAAUCUUACUUGCAUCAAAUGGCUUUGGCUUGCCCUUCUGGAAAAGUGUUUAAAUCCCUAUUUCAAGUUUUGAAUGAAGAAGCCAAUUCAAAUGAAGUAAAUGUGUUAUAUACUGCUAUGAAACUCUUUGGCUCUUUAAAUAUUGGCUCUCUUGAUUUAAAGGUUUUCAGUGAAAUAAUAGGGAUUUUUCUGAGUGAAAUGGACAUCAUCUAUAGUACAUACAAGAAAAAUAACGCUACAAAUGAAUGUUGGUCUAGAUUUAAAGAUGUUAUUCAACAUUUUUUACUACAUUGUCAUGUAAAACAAAAAGUGCACAAAGAUGUCUUCCAUGAGGUUGAUUUAAAGUCAUAUUAUGAUUCUCUGGCCUCAGUCACAGCUUUGUAUGUUGAUGUUUUACUGAUUGUUGAUGGAAAAAAUCCACAAAUAAAUGACAUUAUUUCUAAUAUGACUGUAUCAUUGUUGGGCGAAUCCCUCAGUCAUAUUUUGGACGUAUUCAAUCAAACAUUUACUUUGGAUAGGUCAACAAUGCAAAACAUUUUUCCUGUUUUGAGAAAGAUGUUAAAUAUGACGCUGGAUUUUGUACGGAACAAUAUAAACAACUAUAUCAAAUUUGUUUGUCUUGCUUGGAAAAUUUCUCAUGUUCACCAUAAAGGAUUGUAUCUUAUUGAUGAUAUUUUGUCGUCUCUACUACCACCUGAAGACUUUCUUUCAUAUUUAUCUAGUGUCAACAUAAACUUGGUUCAAGACUUAAGGAUAUCUGGCUUGUCCGGAUCAAAAAUCACAAAGAAAAUAUUAGAAUGUGAAAGUGAAGAAAGAAUUGAGAACCUUUUGGAUAUAGUUACGUAUCAAGAUGAACACAUAAUUGACACUUCAACAAAGAAAAGAAAAUCUGAUCAUGGAAAUGACAAUGAAACAAAAGAUCAUUUGUAUUUUGUUGAUGCUAAAGGUGACACUGGUAUCGUGGAAGAAUGUCAGGAACAAGACUUUACGGGCAGUAAAAGUGAUAAAAUAUUGCAAAUCCAAAUCAACUCAUUGGUUAAAUCAGGCGAAGAAAAUUUGUCAGACUGCGAGGAAAUUGAUGAAUUGCUUCACGUAGACGAGGAAGAUAACACUACCUUAGAUUGUAGUAUUACUACUGAGAAGAAAAGUAGUAAUUAUGAAAGUGAGAUGGUGCUUAGGUCUGAUGAGAAAAGAAAUCUUGGAUUCAGAGAAGUAAAAAGCAAGAAACGGAAAAGCAAUGUAUGGACUUCCAAGGCAACAGAAAAUGGCGAAAACAACAAGAGGAAAAAAUCAAAAAGAAAUGCAUAAAGUGUUUGUUGAUAGCACAUUUCUUGACUAACGCAGUGACGUCGCCAGCUUUAUGAAUGAGGGGGGUUUUAUUCAUAUAUGCAUGUUUUGGUAUAUUAAGUUCUUUGAAAUCUUUUGUUUCUUAGGUGUUAAAACAUGAAUAUAUAAAUAUUGUCCCCUUCACUUAUCUAGCUGGGACGUCACUGUCAAUAACGUGUAAGAAAUCUAUUGAAUAUUAUGUAAAUUUUCCAAAUGAUCCCAGUGAAGUUAUUAUAUGCAUUUUUUGUCGAUGAAAUGAGGAAUGAAUUAAUGUACAACAAAAUUACAAAGAAUUUGAGUUGUUUAUCACUAU